AUGUCUCGAGUUUUUUCUCGCUUUCGUAUGGAGGUGCCCGCCGGCGACUUACUCUCGUAUAUCUUUGACGAACCUUAUGCCGCAAAUGGACAGUGGGCGGCUGAUGAGCCGCUCAUCCUGGCCGCUGAUGGCUCGCCAUCCUCAUCUGUAAGCUUCAACCUACUGGAGCAACAAGUACGGUGUUUUGCGAGUGGCCUUAUCAAGCGGGAAAAGAAAGCCUCUCGCUUGGUGAUCUAUGGCGGGCUGACGACUUGCUUGCCGGUGGUGCUUCUGGGAUCCAUCGCGGCAGGUGCGUGCCCCAACAUUUGCCCGUCGUACCCGCUCGAGCAGACAGCCCAGCGAUUUUCUGAUAUCGAACCGGACUUGGUUUUUUUCACUCCUCAACAUGGCGCUGUCGUUCGCGCUGCCGCCGCGCAAGUUGGUCUUGAAGAGGAGAAUCUUUUCGUUCUAGGAAACGAAUCGACCGAGUUUGCUUUGGAGGGCAUGCAACACUGGACCGCAUUGCUGGACGUCGACUCUGGUCCUGAGUUUCAAUGGCGGCGCAUGUCUGCCCAGGAUGCGAAGAUUACCACUGCUAUGCUGAUGCACACAUCUGGCACAACGGGUUCCCCGAAAAUUGUUGAGAGAACACACUAUGGACUAAUCGGCAACACAGAGCAGCUUUUGUUUCGUUAUCAUCUCAAACCUCGCAAAGAGCGUGAGACGUGGUUUUGCACGAUGGUGCAUGCUGGCGUCAGCUUUCUUCAAUAUGGUUUACUGAUACCACUAAAGGCACGUUACCGUACCAUCUUUCUGCCUGAUUACACCGCGGAAAACUUCAUCAAAGCGGCCAAUAUGUUCAGUGCGACAGCACUACAUGUGGCGAAACACACUUUGAAGGACAUAUUACUCCAUUCAUCAAACGGCGCCUUCCCGACUGUGAGAAGCAUGCGUACAGGGGGUGCAGUUACUCCAUAUGAGAUGUGUCGAGAAUGGACACUGAAGCAUGGAUCGUCGUGCGAGGUCUGGUGCGGAAUGACAGAAUGUGGAACAUUCUUCGCAUCAGAUCCAAGCGUUACAAUCCAAGACAACACGGUCGGGGAGCUGAUGCCCAACGUCGAGGGCAUAGUCAUUGACGUGGAUGGAAAUCUCCUUGCACGUGGUGAAGUAGGAGAGAUUGCUAUUCGGAGCCCUUACAUCAUGAAGGGAUACCUCAAUCAACGAGACAUAUCCGCAUCGGUCUUUACAGCGGACGGAUUCUUUAAGACAGGCGAUUUAGGUUUCGUGAACGAAAAGGGGUAUUGGUACAUUCGAGGCCGCCUAAAGGAUCUCUUCAAACAUCAUGGCGGACAUCUUACAGCUUCCGAAUUCGAAGCGGUCUUGAUACGCCACAAGGACAUCAAUGACGUCGCAGUUGUCCCAAUACUACGUCCAGACUAUGAUGAAGAACCGGUGCCGCGAGCGUACCUUACUCGCGAGGCGGGCUCUCAAUUGAUACCAGACGAGUUUAGUAACUGGAUAAAAUCCUCUCUCCCUCCACAUUUUCACCUCCCGGGUGGGUUCGAGUUUCUCGAGACAAUGCCAAUUUCAGCCCAAGGAAAAGUGGACAAAGGCCUGCUUCGCGCGAAAGCGGCAGCUUGUGUUCAAGGUUUAAGCUCUAGAUCGACCUAA